AUGCGGACGGCAAAGAGAAAGCCGAGAGAGGAAGUCUGCGCCAGCCAGCCGACCUGCGUUCCCUUCGGAGCGCAUCUGGAAGUGAUUUCGGGAAGAGCCUUUUGGGGCGGGAGACUUGGAUUCCCGGCCACUGAAGGAGGGCUGGAAGAAACUCGAGCCCUUCAAAGUCAACGCAAGCGGAGGUGGGUGUGGACAGCCGAGGCACUCGCUUGGAAACAGCGUAUUGGCCUCGGGACUCCUGGGCCCCUUGGGAUUUCCAAUGGGAUCUUAGAAGCAGCAGAAGCGAAGUUUAGCAGCCCCUGCGAGACCAGCUGCAAUUCCAACGCUCCGCCCUGCCCCGGUUCUGGACCAGGGAGCCGAAAGCCUCCCUCAUCACCCAUCAGCCACACUUGUUACUGUUUAGCCGCGCUGUGUCCGACUGCCCAGCGCCACAAGUCAUCCAGCGAUGGUUCCGAAACCCCCGAGGACAUGGAAGAGGAGAUUCCAGUGGUGAUCUGUGCGGCCCCAGGGAGGAUGGGCGCAACCAUGGCCGCCAUCAACAGCAUCUACAGCAACACCGAUGCCAACAUUGUGUUCUAUGUCGUCGGACUACGAAACACGCUGCCUCGAAUAAGAAAAUGGAUCGAACAUUCUAAACUGAGAGAAAUAAACUUCAAAAUUGUGGAGUUCAACCCUAUAGUCCUCAAGGGGAAGAUUAGACCAGACUCAUCGAGGCCUGAGCUGCUCCAGCCUCUGAACUUCGUUCGGUUUUAUCUCCCUCUGCUCAUCCGUCAGCACGAGAAAGUCAUCUAUUUGGACGAUGACGUCAUCGUACAAGGUGACAUCCAGGAACUGUAUGACACCACCCUGGCUCUGGGUCACGCAGCAGCCUUCUCGGAUGACUGUGACUUGCCCUCCGCUCAAGACAACAACCGGCUUGUGGGGCUGCAGAACACGUACAUGGGCUAUCUGGACUACCGGAAGAAGGCCAUCAAGGACCUUGGCAUCAGCCCCAGCACCUGCUCUUUCAAUCCGGGCGUGAUUGUCGCCAACAUGACCGAAUGGAAACACCAGCGUAUCACCAAGCAGCUGGAAAAGUGGAUGCAGAAGAAUGUGGAAGAAAACCUCUACAGCAGCUCUCUGGGAGGAGGAGUGGCUACCUCCCCUAUGCUGAUUGUGUUUCACGGCAAGUAUUCCACCAUCAACCCUCUGUGGCACAUACGGCACCUGGGCUGGAAUCCUGAUGCAAGAUAUUCGGAGCACUUCCUGCAGGAAGCUAAACUACUCCACUGGAAUGGAAGACAUAAGCCCUGGGACUUCCCGAGUGUUCACAAUGACUUAUGGGAAAGCUGGUUUGUUCCUGACCCUGCAGGGAUCUUCAAACUCAAUCACAACAGAUGACACUGCACCUUGGGAUCCUGCUAACGCUGUUCCUUAUGAGCAGCAGCACCUCUGAUAUACAUGACCUGCAAUGUAGGGAAAAGCCGCUAAGUACAACUGAACCACGUACCACACAGGCGGACCUAACUCCUUGAAGUUCCAAGUGAUAAUUACGACUGGUUACCACCUCCCUCCACCCCCUUCUGGUGUUUUGAGAUAGGGUCUACUGUGUACCAGCAGGCUGGUCUUGACUCAAUUACAUCAGAAAACUUUAAAAGUCUCUAAUCUAUCUCUCUCUCUCUCUGUCUCUCUCUCUCUCUCUAGCCCUGACUGGCUUAGAAGCUACUUAUCAACCAGGCUGGCAUCAAACUCAAAAGAUCUAUAUGUUCUGCCUCCUUUGUACUGGAAUUAAAGGCACGUGCCACCAUGCCUGGCUAAAGGUUUUUCAAUUUUUUAAAAGGUUGCCAGUUUUUUUAUAAAAACUAAAAGUUGAUCCCAGCAGGCAGAGG